AUGUUGGUGGAAAUUUUACAUAACGAAUAUGGAGUCCCCCAUGAAGUUGCGACAGAGAGCGGUGCAAACUUCCUUCGCGCUUUCCGCGCGAGGCCUGACGAUGAAACCUACGCAAUACACGAGUGGCCGGCGCAUCUUUGGCGUAAUUGCUUGCCGAAAAACUAUAGACACAUUGCCAAAAAUAUAUCAGCCGAAUGGUUGAAAUUACGUUUUAAAUAUUUAGCUCUGACUGCUGAUGUGAUACAUCUUUUGGAAUCGUUAAGGGAGGAUUAUCUUCUCGGUCUGAUCACAAACGGGCCAUCUCGAGCCCAGUGGCAGAAGAUUGAGAAGCUGGGACUCCGCAAGUACUUCGACUGUGUGCUGGUCUCCGGGGACCUGCCCUGGGAGAAACCUGACCAGAACAUAUUUCUGGAGGCCUGCAAGUUGCUCAGCGUCGAAGCUCGACACUGCAUCAUGGUUGGGGAUAAACUCGAAACUGAUAUACAGGGUGGAAAGCAAGCAGAUUUGCUGAGCACAGUGUGGAUUCCACUGCACAAAGAUGACUCGGAAUCUGAUCUCCCAGAUUUCACUAUACAAAAUGUAACAGAGUUACCAGAUGUCUUGCCAAAUUCUCCAAAGCUCAAACGUUCAGCUAGUAAAAUCGCUGUUUGUUAA